AUGCCACCAGCUCGCCAACAAACCACCCGCACUACAGCCACCACAGAUACCGAGACUCAGCCCGAGAACAUCCUGGAAGAUGGAGACGUUCUCAGUGCCAUUGAAAAGGCGCCUAUCCGUCUGAGAGAUCGAUUGGAACAUUUUACUUGGGCCUGGUACUCUAUACCAAUGACGACAACGAGUAUCAGUCUAAUGCUUUCAUCCGAGGUUCAGCCUCACACAUUUCCUGGGCUAGACGCCAUCGCAAUCACCAUCUACAUUUUUGGAAUCGUCACAUUUCUGUUUGUGACUGGAUGCAUCACGUACCGGUUCAUUCGUUGGCGCCAUACCUUCCGAGCAUCUAUCGUCCACCCCACGGAGGGCCUUUACGUGGCAGCCGUUUGGCUGUCUCUGUCCAACAUCAUACCCGGCAUCGCUAGGUGGGGGAUUCCCAACACGGGGCCGUGGUUGCUUGUCACUUAUAACGUCCUGUUCUGGAUAUACUUCGUCUGCACCUUCAUCAGUGCCCUGUUUCAUUACACCCUCCUCUAUACUCUUCCCGAACUGCGCCUCGAGGACAUGUGUCCAUCUUGGGAUAUGCACAUUUUUCCUUUCCUCAUGUGCGGCAGUGUCGCUGCCACUGGCGCACCGCACCUUUCCCCUGACCAGGCAACACCCAUGCUCGUCGCCGGCCUCACGGCUCAGGGUCUCGGCUUCCUCAUCUCCCUCUUUAUGAACGCGAAUUACCAUCGGCGUAUGAUCCAGUGGGGUUUCCCAAGCCCGAAGACAAGGCCGUCUAUGUUCAUUGCCGUUGGCCCACCGGCCUUCACGGCUCUCGGCGUGCUAGGCAUGGCCGACGCCUUUCCGGAUUCGUACAUCAACUACUUCGGCACCUGGUAUUUCGACUCGGCAGAAAGCCAAGCAAUCACGAUCCAGGUCAUGCAGGUCCUGGCCGUAUGUACGGCCGUCUUUGUGUGGUGCCUGUCGUUCUGGUUCAUGUGCAUCGCGGUGGUGGGCAUGCUGCUCUCGCGGCAUGAAUCGACGUUCGGACUGGGCUGGUUCUCGUUUGUGUUCCCGAUUACCGGGUUUGUUAUUGCGACGUUGAUGCUGGGAGAUUCGUUCCACUCAUCGGCCAUUCAGUGGGUGGGGACCGUUUUAAGUGUCGUUCUUGUUAUGAUCUACCUAUUCGUCAUGACGCGGGUCGUCAUUGGCCUCAAAAACAAGGAAAUCAUGUGGCCAGGCAAGGACGAAGAUGUCUACCAGCAUGAGAGGAAGGCUAAAAUGAUAAUGAAGGACUUGGGACGAUGGCGGUCAAAGGACGUUGAAGAGCGUAUGUAA